UGAGCGGAAUCCCGACCCCGGAUUUCCCAUUCAAGUUGCCUUCGCCGCGCUCGUCAUCCUCAACUGAUCCUAGGGUUUUGUGGGAACACGGCAUCGUAGGUUUCUGAUCCUUUCAUUUCAAUCAAAAAUGGGGAAGAAGAAACCAAAGGAGCCCGAGGAAACCCCUGAAACCAACGAAACUUCCGACCUAUUUGGCAAGCUAUUUGGUAAUGUCUCGGAACAGGGCGCCAGCUCUUCUCUAUUCUCAGAUAGCAACCCCUUUCGGAAGAAGCCUCUUGAAACUAGUUCAAGUUUUGGCCUAACCAAUAGUACUGAAAACGCUCCCGAUUCUGAAGAGCUGAAGAAGAGGAAGAGAAGCAGAGAGAAGAACUCGUCUGUUGAUUCAGAUAGUGCCCUUGAGGCUUCGGAGAAGAAGUCGAAAUCUGGUUCCGGCUUCAACCCUCGUUCGAAUCCUCAACCGAAUAGAAUAGCGCAGGACGACGAGACCAAAGUGUCUGUUUCGGGUGCGCAUGCGACUACAUUGUCGAAGAAAGAAAAUAUUGUGUCUACGGAAGGUGAGGAGAAAGGUGAGCUUGUGAAUGACGACAAGGAGAAGAGAAGGAAGAGCAAGAGAAAAAGAGAUGACGUUGAGAAAGAGUGGGAAUUGAAGAGGUAUGGGGCAGUGGAGGAAGAGCGAGAUGACGGGGAAGGCUUGGGGAAGAAUGUUGUUGGGACCAAAAGGAAGACGUUGGAUAAUCCUGCCGACAUGUUGGUAACAAAUGAAGGUUUUGAUGAUGAGAAUAAGCUCUUAAGAACCAUAUUUAUUGGGAAUUUACCCCUCAAGGUGAAAAAGAAGACUUUACUGAAAGAGUUUAAGAAAUUUGGGGAGGUUGAAUCUGUGAGGAUUCGUUCUGUUCCAAUAUUAGAUACCAAAAAACCUAGAAAGGGUGCCAUCCUUUCGAAGAAAAUCAAUGAUGCUGGUGAUAGUGUUCAUGCAUACGUUGUUUUUAAGACAGAGCAGUCGGCACAGGAUUCUUUGUCCCAUAACAUGACUGUGGUUGGAGGAAAUCACAUUCGUGUUGAUAGAGCAUGCCCACCUCGCAAGAAACAUAAAGGAGAGCAUGCUUCACUGUAUGAUAACAAGAGAACUGUUUUUGUUGGCAACCUCCCAUUUGAUGUAAAGGAUGAAGAACUUUAUAAACUAUUUUCUGGUGUAUCCAAGCUGGAAUCCAGCAUAGAAGCUGUUAGAGUCAUUAGAGAUCCUCAUUUGAAUCUUGGGAAGGGUAUCGCCUAUGUGCUUUUUAAAACAAGGGAAGCUGCUAAUUUUGUUCUCAGGAAACGGAACUUGAAGCUUCGAGACCGAGAUCUGAGACUUAGUCAUGCGAGAGCAGAUGCCACCCCAUCCAAAAGGCCAAACUUUUCACCGCCACAAGUUUCUGGUACUCCUGCCAAGAAGGCAGCCAUGGCUUUAAGGUCUCCCUCAAGCAGUAAUAACAGCACUAAUAAAAAAUUCAAUAUGUCUUACCAAGGUUUGCGGGCAAACAAAACUGUGGUCCAUAAGAAAUCAAGAACUCACGGAGGUAAGCAAACGACAGAGCGCAAGACGAAGAGACCAGCAGUUGCUGCCAGAAAGGCUAAACUAAACGCAAAGUUGCUCAAGGAAGACGGUUCAGCAAAACAAGGAGGAAGAAAACGCAAGCUUGAUAGUAAAACUCCAGAUAGUUUUGUACGAAACAAGAAAAUUAAGAAUAGCUAGAAAUGUUGUGAUAGUUUCGAGGAUCAAUUCUGGCUUUAGAGUUCACUAGCUUUAAUGUCUGGCAAGGGAUGUAUACACCUUGAGAAAAGAAUUUAUCAGCUUGAUUUCCAUUUUGUUGAGAUUUCUGAUGCACUCCUUCUGGUCCGUUAUAUAAAGCGUUUUAGAGAUUUUUUACGCAGAAA